CGGUUGAUAUAUUGUGACUGCAGAGAAAAGUCAAGAAGGCCGACUGCAGAGGAUCUCAUUCCCUCCUCGGGGCGGCCUCGGCGCCGCAACCCGCGCGGCGCGUUCACACUUCACACCGGCGAACCCUAGCCCGCCCCUAUCCGGGGGGGAUGCAGACGGAGGCGCGCGUCGGCGUCGUCAUCGACGGCGGCGGCGGCCGCGCCGCCGUCGCCCUGCGCCAGGAGCAGCGCCACAUCGGCACGGUGGCGCACCUCGCCGCCGGAGGCUUCGCAGGCGCCGUCAGCAAGACGUGCACCGCCCCGCUCGCGCGGCUCACCAUCCUCUUCCAGGUGGCAGGUAUGCAUGCAGAUGUUGCAGUUCUAAGGAAGUAUAGCAUAUGGCAUGAGGCUUCACGAAUUGUUCGAGAAGAAGGGUUUCGAGCCUUUUGGAAAGGAAAUCUAGUGACAAUUGUACAUCGCUUACCUUAUUCUGCCAUCAGCUUCUAUUCAUAUGACUGCUACAAAAUUCUUCUCCAAAUGGUCCCAGGCUUGGAUAGAGAAUCAAACAAUGUUGGUGUUGUACGUUUGCUUGGUGGUGGGUUGGCGGGAAUAACAGCCGCAUCUGCAACUUACCCGUUGGAUGUUGUCCGUACUCGUUUGGCGACACAGAAAACAACUAGGUAUUACAAGGGCAUCUUCCAUGCGAUGUCUACAAUUUGUAGAGAUGAGGGUGUCAAAGGAUUGUACAAAGGCCUUGGGGCCACGUUACUGGGAGUUGGACCUAGCAUAGCAAUCAGCUUUUCUGUAUAUGAAUCACUGAGGUCUCACUGGAAAAUGGAAAGGCCCCACGACUCUACUGCGGUUGUUAGCUUGUUUUCUGGAAGCCUAUCUGGCAUUGCAUCAUCGACAGCCACAUUUCCUCUUGAUCUUGUAAAACGGCGGAUGCAACUACAAGGAGCAGCUGGGACAUCUUCUGGCCAUAAAUCAACAAUUACUGGAACUGUUCGUGACAUUUUGCAGAAGGAAGGCCCUCGUGGCUUUUAUAGAGGGAUCGCCCCUGAGUACCUCAAGGUUGUUCCUAGUGUUGGCAUUGCCUUUAUGACAUACGAGACACUGAAGAGCUUGUUCUCCAGCAUGGACGCGGAUAACGGGAGCUGAUGUUUUCCAUUUUACAGAGAGGUUAAACUUUAGUGAAAAGUUUUAGCCAUAGGUCCACUGUCAGAAACUAAGUGCAUCAGAGUGGUUACAUGGCCGGCAGUGUGGCAGUUUUGUAGUUAUUGGUAGGAUAAAGGAAAAUGUUACCGCGCGUGGAGUCGCGCUCGCGCCGGAGCACGCGACCCCGCGCAGCCCACCAGCGUCCAACUAUGGCCUGCAUUGACUUCUGGUUUGGGCUUAUUUGAUUGGCCUGCAUUGACUUCUAUUUUGGGCUUAUUUGAUUGGUUUUACAC